CUUGAAGAUCGCUCUGUGGUCCCUCGAGAUGUGGUCAGACAUAUGAGCUCCAGCGACAGCCAGUGUGGGACUGUAAUUGAUGUCAACAUAGAGUGCGCUGUGAAGCUGGUAGGAACCAACUGCAUCCUCUACCCUGUCAACAGCAAAGACCUGCAACAUAUCUGGCCGUUCAUGUAUGGUGACUACAUAGCCUAUGACUGCUGGCUGGGCAAGGUCUAUGAUUUGAAGAACCAAGUCAUCCUCAAGCUUUCCAAUGGAGCCAGAUGCUCUAUGAGCACAGAGGAUGGAUCCAAGCUGUAUGACGUUUGCCCUCAUGUCAGUGACUCGGGUCUCUUCUUUGAUGAUUCGUACGGCUUUUAUCCUGGGCAAGUCCUCAUCGGGCCUUCGAAAGUUUUCUCCAGCGUGCAGUGGCUCUCGGGUGUGAAGCCUGUUCUGAGCACAAAGAGCAAGUUCAGAGUGGUGGUGGAAGAGGUGCAAGUGGUAGAACUAAAGGUUACUUGGAUCACUAAAAGCUUCUGUCCUGGAGGUACUGACAGUGUGAGCCCUCCUCCCUCCAUAAUCAGCCAGGAGAAGCUGUCCAGAGUAAAGCGUCUGGGGUGCUUUGACCAUGCCCAAAGGCAGCUUGGGGAGAGGUGCCUCUAUGUGUUCCCGGACAAGGUGGAACCUGCGAAAAUCACCUGUGAAUGCCCUGAGAGGAACUGUGUCCUCGGUGAAGGAUCGGUUGCCAAAAAGGUGAGGCGGCUGCUGAAGAAGCAGAUAGUGAAGAUCAUGUCGUGCUCCCCAGAGUCUCAGGGUACCAGCGAAGGCCCUCAGCAGCCUCCCUUUCUGCUGAAAGACGAAGGGUCGUCUGACUACCGCCUUCAGUCCAUGGAGCAAGAUGCUGAUGAUGAGGCAGCUGAUGACACAGAUGACACUAGCUCUGUCACCUCUUCUGCCAGCUCCACGGCCUCGUCGCAGAGUGGCAGCGGCACUGGCCGCAAGAAGAGCAUCCCUCUUUCCAUCAAAAACUUGAAGCGGAAGCACAAGAAGAAGAAGACCAAGGUUUCACGAGAAUUUAAGCCAGGAGACAGGGUUGCUGUAGAAGUGGUGACCACGAUGACUUCGGCUGACGUGAUGUGGCAGGAUGGCACCGUGGAGACAAACAUUCGCUCCAACGAGCUGAUUCCAGUCCAUCAUCUGGACAACAACGAGUUCUGCCCUGGCGAUUUUGUGGUGGACAAAAGAGCUCAGAGCUCACAGGACCCCGGGCUGUAUGGAGUGGUGCAGUCUGGUGACCACAUCGGCCGUACCUGUGUGGUGAAGUGGUUCAAGCUGAAAUGCAGCGGAGAUGAUGUGGAGCUGAUCGGGGAGGAGGAGGAUGUGAGCGUGUAUGACAUUGCUGAUCAUCCAGACUUCCGCUUCCGCACCACUGACAUUGUGAUUCGCAUUGGCAACUCGGAUGGAGCCACAGCUAAGGAAGAUGAGCCUUCGGUCGGACAGGUGGCUCGUGUGGAUGUCAGCAGUAAAGUGGAAGUGGUGUGGGCCGAUAACUCCAAAACUAUCAUUCUCCCUCAGCACUUAUACAAUAUUGAAUCAGAAAUUGAGGAGUCAGACUACGAUUCUGUUGACGGCAGCACCAGCGGGGCAUCCUCUGAGUGGGAGGAUGAAAGCGACAGCUGGGAGACAGACAAUGGCCUCAUGGAAGACGACCACCCAAAAAUUGAAGAGUUAGAGCCUGAGGAGCCGGCAGCAGAGGAGGUGAAAAAAGUAGAGGAACAAGUCCAGGGAGCUGUGGCUAUGGCAGCUGCAGAUCUGGCUGCAGAGAAAGCUGGCAAGGACGGAGCCCCAAAGAGCUUCCGGGAACUGAAGGAGGCCAUCAAGAUCUUGGAAAGCCUGAAAAAUAUGACUGUGGAGCAGCUGCUGACUGGCUCUCCCACCUCCCCAACUGUGGAGCUGGAAAAACCCACUCGGGAAAAGAAGUUCUUGGACGAUAUUAAAAAACUGCAGGAAAAUCUAAAGAAGACCUUGGACAAUGUGGCUAUUGCAGAGGAGGAAAAGAUGGAAGCCAUGGUGGAGACAGAGAAGAAAGAAGAAAAAGCAGAGGCACAGACACCGGUGAGGUCUGAGUGGCCCAGUGAGACACCAGUGCUCUGCCAGCAGAGUGGAGGCAAGCCUGGAGUCACCUUCACCAGUGCCAAGGGAGAAGUCUUCUCCGUGCUGGAGUAUGCUCCAGAUACCCAUGCCUUCAAGAAAAUGGAGUUCCAGCCCCCAGAAGCCAAGAAGUUCUUUAGCACCGUGCGGAAGGAGAUGGCUCUCCUGGCCACCUCCCUGCCUGAUGGCAUAAUGGUCAAAACCUUUGAGGAUCGAAUGGACCUCUUCUCAGCACUUAUAAAAGGGCCCACGCGCACACCCUAUGAAGACGGCCUCUUUCUCUUCGAUAUCCAGCUCCCCAACAUCUACCCCGCUGUCCCACCUCUCUUCCGCUACCUCUCCCAGUGCAGUGGGAGACUGAAUCCCAACCUGUACGACAACGGCAAAGUGUGCGUCAGCCUCCUGGGGACGUGGAUAGGCAAGGGGACAGAAAGGUGGACCAGUAAAUCCAGCCUCCUCCAAGUACUCAUCUCCAUCCAAGGUCUGAUCCUCGUGAACGAGCCCUACUACAACGAGGCGGGCUUUGACAGCGACCGGGGCCUGCAGGAGGGCUACGAGAACAGCCGCUGCUACAACGAGAUGACCCUGAUCCGGGUGGUGCAGUCCAUGAUGCAGCUGCUGCGCAGGCCGGUGGAGGUCUUUGAGCACGAAAUCCGGGAGCAUUUUCGCUGCAACGACCCCGAUAUUGGGUUCCCCCUCUUCCCUUUGUCCAAGGGGUUCAUUAAAAGUAUCCGCGGUGUCUUGCAGCAGUACCGGGCUGCCUUAGCGGGGGCCAAUAUCCCGGAGUGGACAGAGGACAAAUAA